AUGUCAGAGAAUCCCUUAUUUGAAGAUCCAUCAAUCAUUCAAAUAUCAUCAGAUAAUUCAUCUUCAACACUACAAACAACCAUGCCAACAUCAUCCAUUCAUAACUUAGAACCAGGUAGUGCAUUAUCCAAAUUAUUAGAUUCAGCAAUUGCCAAUGCUGCCAAAGAAUCAACUCCAGAUUUAGAUCAAACACAAUCACAGUCAUCCCAACAACAACAACAAUCAAGCUCACUACUCCAACCAGAGGAAGAAUCAUCAUUUAUCAAUACAAUUCCAAUUAAGAAGCAAGGAUUGCCUAUGAUUUAUACAAUUGAAUAUUUAUUAACAUUAAGAGAUUCACCCGAUAAUAUUAGUUUUAAGGAUUCAGAUAAAUUACCAGAUAAAUCAUUCUGGAGAUUUAGAAUCCCAAAACAACCAGGUCAGCAAGAUUAUAAUCCAAAUAACCAAACAGGUGGCAGACAUCAUCAAAAGAGAAAUAGUUAUAACCGAAGACAACAACAACAACAACAGCUGCAGCAGAGUCUGCAACAGCUGCAACAAUCAUCUCAUUUGAAUGAACCUUGGGAACGUAAACCGUUUAAAAAUGAACCCGAGAUCAAUGAUGAAGAUGAAGCAGAGCCUGAAUGGGAUGAUAUUCCAGGUACAGGAGCUACAGCUGGUGGCGGUGGUGGUGAAGGAAUGAUGAUGGGAAUGGGACAAACAGUUGAAGAUUUUGAAAAAUGGAAAUCGAAAAUGAGAAUGCAAGAGCGUAAAAGAAAUGGUGAAUUUAUUGAUGAAGAAACUACUCAUGAAAAUGAAUCUGAACAAGCAGUACAUGCAGGUAAUGAAGUUGAUAAUUUCUUCUCAUUUGUAAAACCAAAAAUUGAAGAAUCUAACAAGGGUAGUAUUUCUAGUGAAGAUGGAACUACUCCAAGUGGUAGUGAACAUGCUAGUAAUGAAGCAGCUGCAAGAAGUUCUAGAUUUUCGUCAUUCUUCCAUCAAACUCCCGGAAAUAAGAAUGAAGACCAGCCAGCUACUAGUGCAAGUGCUCCUGGUUCUACUAUUCCAGCCAAUGCUAAAACUGGCCCGCCACCAGGAUUUUCAAAAUUCUUUGGUGCUCAUCCUCAACAAGAACAACAACAACCACAGCAACCUCAACAAAGACCCCCACAACAACAGGGACCACCUCAGCAGCAACUGCAACAACAACAACAACAACAACAACAACAAGGACCACCUCCUCCAGGUCCUCUUCAUUUCCCAUCACAAGGACAAAUUCCAGGUAGACCUCCAGUGCAAGGUGGUGGUAUGGCUUCUAAUGAUAAUUUCUUUAUGUCUUUAUUGAAUAAGAAGCCAGGUCAAGGAUCUCCAGAAUCUGCUUCAAAUACAACUCCACCAAAGAAUGGGUUAGCUGCUUUAUUCAAUGCACAACGACAACCACAGCCACAACAUCAACAACAACAGCCGCAACAACAGCAACAGCAACAGCCUCAGCCGCAGCCACAACAACAGCAAUUUCAGAAACCUUCGCCACCGCAUCCACAACAACAACAACAGGCGCAGCAACAGCAGCCACCUCAACAACAACAGCAACAGGCGCAGCAACAACAACAACAGGCGCAGCAGCAACAACAACCUGGUAAAGUGCCACAACAACAACAAUUACCACGGAAUCAAAUGCAGCUCCAGGGAGGUGGGCAUCUCCAAGGUCAAAUCCCACCUUGGAUGAGACAAGGAGCACAACCACCCCCACCUCAAGGAAAAUUCCCACCAGGUAUGCCACCUUUCCCCUAUGGAGUCCCCCCUCCACCAGGACAAGCUGGAGCUGGUGGCAGACAUCAUCCUCCUCCUCCCCCGGGUGUAUUCCCUCCACCUCCAAACGGCGCUGGUGGGUUUAUGCCACCUCCUCCACAUGGGCAUAAUUUCCCACAUCCACAAAUGGGUGGUGGUCCACCUCCGCCAGGAUUCAAUCCUAGAUUUAUGCCACCUCCUCCGCCUGGAUAUAUGGGGUUGCCUCCACAUUUGCAACAACAACAACAACAACAGCAACAGCAGCAAGGGCAACCUCAACAAGGUCAACAAGGUGGUCAGCAGAGUGGUCAGCAGAUCGGUCAACAACAACAACGUAGAUGA